GAUGCGGCGCAAACUAGUCGGCUAUGAUACCACACGUCAAAUAUAAUGUUUUCCAACAAGAGCUACAGUCCAUCGAAAGAUAUGUCUUACAAAGCUAGGGCUAGCUAUAACUCCUCGGAAGUCCACGAAGGAUAUACAGAUCAGCAACAGCAGCAGUACCUCAAACACUUGAAACAGCUCAAGAAUGAAUUCGAUCAACGCUGGCGUUCAAAACCGCCCUUUAGUAUGACAUUUGAUGAACUCGAUAGAGUCCGGACACUAGGCACAGGCGCAUUUGGAAGGGUCGUCCUCCUAAGACAUUCUAAAUCUGGAAAGUUCUACGCAAUGAAGAUACUUGAAAAAGAAAAAAUAGUCAAGCUGAAGCAAGUCGAUCAUACGCUGUUCGAAAAGAGAAUACUCGAAGCAAUAAGGUUCCCUUUCACUGUAUCAAUGGAAUUUAGUUUUAAAGAUAAUAGUUACAUUUAUUUCGUGAUGCCAUUCGUGUCUGGAGGUGAAAUGUUUACUCAUUUACGAAAGAUGGUGAAAUUCGAUGAACCUCUAGCGAAAUUUUACGCAAGUCAAGUGAUUUUGGCGCUCGAGUACCUACACUUCUGCAACGUGGUUUAUCGAGAUUUGAAGCCGGAAAAUAUUUUGAUCGAUAAAACCGGAUAUUUGAAAAUCACAGAUUUCGGUUUUGGUAAAAUUCUUCAAGGUAGAACAUGGACUUUGUGCGGUACGCCAGAAUAUUUAGCACCGGAACUAAUAUUGAGUAAGGGUUAUGGUUUUUCUGUAGACUGGUGGUCGUUUGGCGUCCUGCUCUAUGAAAUGAACGCAGGGUACCCGCCGUUUUACGCGAACGAGCCAAUGAAGACGUAUGAAAAAAUAGUCGCAGGGAAAUAUCGAUGUCCUACGAGUUUUAACCCUGAUCUACGUGACCUGGUGCGAAAUACACUUCAAGUGGACAUUACCAAGCGUUUCGGGGUUAUGAAGGAUGGUGUAAUGGAUUUCAAAAACCACAAAUGGUUUAGAGGGAUAGAUUGGGAUGCUAUAGUAAACUGCAGAUAUCCUGCACCAUUCAUUCCUAAAUACAAAUCUCCGGGAGACGCCACAAACUUUGAACGUUACGAAGAAGAGACUCUGCAACCAGCUUCGUACUGUCGUUUUGAGUCUGAAUUUAUGGAUUUUUAAUGGUACCAUGACUUGUUGUAGACCUAGUUUCCUAAAAAGUUUUAAAAUUAUGUUAAGGAUUCUAGACAUUGGUGUUACCUAAAAUUACAUAAGACAUUUAUGAAUAAAGAUUAUA